GCCCGCCCCUAAGGUUAGACUGAAGAGCCCAGUUUAGCGCGGAAACCUGUUAUGCAUGAUUACAGUGACGAUGAGGCUCGCACGCAGAGUCCAGCCGCUGGGUUGCGUGCUGGCGCUUCGCUUCUUGGUCCUGGUUCUCUGGGACGUCCCUGCGGCCUGGGCCCUGGACAAUGGCUUGGCCACGACCCCUACCAUGGGCUGGCUGCACUGGGAGCGCUUCAUGUGCAACACUGACUGCGAAGAAGAACCGGAUUCCUGUAUCAGCGAGAAACUCUUCAUGCAGAUGGCAGAUCUCAUGGACUCAGAGGGCUGGAAGGAAGUAGGGUAUGAGUACCUCUGCAUUGAUGACUGUUGGAUGGCUCCCCAAAGAGAUUCAAAAGGCAGACUUCAGGCAGACCCUACACGCUUUCCUAGCGGGAUCCAUUACCUAGCUAAUUAUGUCCAUAGCAAAGGAUUGAAGCUAGGAAUUUAUGCAGAUGUCGGGAAAAAAACCUGUGCAGGCUACCCUGGGAGUUUUGGAUACUAUGACAUUGAUGCCAAGCUCUUUGCCGACUGGGGAGUAGAUCUGCUAAAAUUUGAUGGUUGUUACUGUGACAGUGUGGAACAGUUGGCAAAUGGUUAUAAACACAUGUCCUUGGCCCUGAACAAGACUGGCAGAAGCAUUGUGUACUCCUGUGAAUGGCCCCUUUAUAUGUGGCCCUUCCGUAAGCCCAAUUACACAGAAAUCCGACAGUACUGCAAUCACUGGAGAAAUACUGGGGACGUUUAUGAUUCUUGGCAAAGUGUAAAGAGUAUCUUGAACUGGGUAUCUUUUAACCAGAAGACAAUUGUUACUGUCGCAGGACCAGGGGGUUGGAAUGACCCAGAUAUGUUAGUGAUUGGCAACUUUGGCCUCAGCUGGGAUCAGCAGAUAACUCAGAUGGCCCUCUGGGCUAUCAUGGCAGCUCCAUUACUCAUGUCCAAUGACCUCCGACACAUCAGCACUCAAGCCAAAGCCCUCCUUCAGAAUAAGGAUGUGAUUGCAAUCAACCAGGACCCCUUGGGGAAGCAGGGGUACCUACUUAGAAAGGAAGACAACAUUGAAGUGUGGGAACGCCCUCUCUCAAACUUAGCCUGGGCUGUGGCUAUGGUAAACAUGCAGGAGAUCGGUGGACCUCGUUCUUUUACCAUAAACAUUGCUUCCCUGGGUCAAGGAGUGGCCUGUAAUCCUGCCUGCCAUAUCACCGAGCUCCUCCCUGUGAAGACAAAGCUUGGGUUUUAUGAAUGGACUUCCUGUUUAAAAACUCGAAUAAAUCCCUCAGGCACUGUUUUGCUUCGGCUAGAAAGCCAGACUACAUAAAAAUAAAAAGCUUCCUUAAAAA